AUAAAUAUUAUUAUUAUAUUAUAGUGAAGAACAAAUCAACAAAGAUUUCAACAUUAGAUAAAGCAACAAAGCAAAAACAAAGAAAACCUUCAAAUUAUAUGCAACUAUCCAACAAUCGACAAUCACGAAGAUAUAGUAAUAGUAGUAAUGGCAUUUCAACACCAUCCUCUGUGAACUCUUUUUCUUCCUCUAACUCCAAUCAUACUUCAGAAUCAAAACCAGAAAAGCCAUCCUACUCAGCAAUCUAUAACUCAAUUCCUAUCAAUCAAACUCAAUUAAUAGAUCCUUCUUCAAAUUACCAACAAUCAACUGAUAACUUAUUAUUCCAAUCAUAUAAAAUACAACAAAAUCUAUAUACAUCUCGACAACAACAACAACAGGAACAAAAGAUGUCUACUGGUGACUAUUUUCCAGCUUCCCAUUCAAACAAUCAUCAUCCAACAAAUACUACCUUCAUAUCUCCCAAUACCAAUCCAAGCCAAUCUUACUGUAUAGCAAAUGUUUCUCAAGAUACAACUAUACAUACAGAAUCAACUCCUGUUUUAUCCGAAAAUGAAUCACAAGGCAAUUAUCAAGAAUUACAUGAUCUACAACAAAAGCAACCAUAUCAUACUUAUGGAGUUGGAUCCGACAUACAAAAUCAUCAUUGGAUUCCUCAUAGCUUCUCUACCGGAUAUUCAAAUGAACGUUAUGAUCAAAACCCACAUCAACAUUUAUUUUCAUCAACCUCAUUUCACGCUGUCAAUCAUGCAUCACUAUCAAUAAGGACACCCGAACUAGUCAGUAAUGCUUUUAUGUUGGAUUCGAACACUUUAUUAGGAUCGGGUUGGAAUGAUUUUGAAAUGCAAAUGUAACUUUUUACUUAUAUAUAUUUAUAUCUAGUAUAUUCUUGUAGUUAGUUUUAUUUUAUUUUUAUUAUAUGUUCUAU